UGCAAGUUAUUUCACUUUUUAUAAAGCUAUGCAAGUUACAGAUACAUUCACAUGAUUGAGUCUAUCCUGUCCCCUUUUUAAUCUUUUGUUUUGUUUACUUUCUUUGGAUUGUCUUGUUUCCAUUCAAUUCCUUUUUAACCUGCAAUUGGGAGGCUUCUUUUCGACUCAAUUCCAUAGUUUUUAUGCUAGAGAAUUUAUGCAUGAUAUGGGGAUCUGAUGAUCUAAUCUCCUUGUCACGAUUUCUCACUUUCGAGAGAGAGAGAGACUCCCAUUACAUCAUGGCUAAAUCAACUGUAGAACUAAGCAGACCCGCAAAUCCCACUCUCAAAAAACCUUCAUUUCCUAAAAAACGCACGACCAUGUCAGUCUUAAUUUGUUUAUACUCCCCUAAGCUCUCUAUCUUCCUUCUAGCCCUUUGUGUUUCUCUCUUCACUCUCUACCACAUCCAGUCCCUCCAUGCCCGGACGACAUCUUCACCAUGGUCUUUCGUGCACCAAUGGGAAAGAGUCACCAAUUGCACUCAAGAACAUGAAUCCAUGGCUGAAAAACUCCGGCAGUCGGUUACAUUUCUUCCACUUAAGGACUUACGUUAUGCGGAUAAAGCUCUUCAAGGUCACACGUGGUUCAUGAGCUCCAUGUAUGAUACUCGUGAAGAGGGUGGGGUGCAAUAUCAGCAGUUUCCUUCAGAAUCAUCAAAACGUAGGCUACUUUGCUUGAAAGGAAAGGAGACACAUGAUGGUUCCUGGAAUUCCUAUGCACUUGCAUGGCCAGAAGCCUUGCCUUUCAAUGCCACGCUUCUGAAAGGCCUAACUUUUGUAUCGUAUAACCAUUAUGACUACGACAACAUUUGGCAUGGGUUAUCAGCUAUGGUACCAUUUGUUGCUUGGCAUAUAAGAAAUGGGUGUGAAUCGCCUAGUAGAUGGAUUUUGUACCACUGGGGUGAGCUAAGGUUCGAAAUGGGUCCAUGGCUGAGGACCCUAACAGGGGCCACAUUCGGUGGAGCCCCAUACACUGAAAGCUUUGAAGGGGUUAACGAUGGCCAACCACUUUGCUUUGAAAAAGCUGUGGUUAUGAGGCACAAUGAAGGAGGCAUGUCAAGGGACAGGAGGACUGAGACUUACGAUUUGAUGAGAUGCAAAGCUAGGAUUUAUUGUAAUGUAAGCUUAGAGGGCCGUAUUCCUGAAGUAAAUAAGCAAGGUUUGCCGGUGGUUGGCAUGACCUUAUUCAUGAGGACUGGUUCAAGAUCAUUCACGAAUGAGUCCGCAGUGAUUGGAAUCUUUGAAAAGGAGUGCGCUAAGGUAGAUGGAUGCAGGUUGAUGGUGGCAUACUCCAACAAUCUAACAUUUUGUGAGCAGGUGAAGAUUAUGAGCUUGACAGAUAUUCUGGUAUCCACUCAUGGUGCUCAAUUAACCAACAUGUUUCUCAUGGACAAAAACAGCAGUGUCAUGGAGUUCUUCCCCAAGGGAUGGUUAAAAGUUGCUGGCGUAGGCCAAUAUGUUUAUCAUUGGAUUGCUAGCUGGUCUGGGAUGCGACACCAAGGCGCAUGGCGGGACCCUAACGGCGAUGAAUGCCCCUACGCCGAAGAUGACCGCCGGUGCAUGUCAAUUUACAAGAAUAGCAAGGUUGGAUUCAAUGAAACUUACUUUUCUGAGUGGGCUAGAGAUGUUCUCAAUGAAGUCAAAAUAAGGAAGUUGGAGGAGGUAGCAGGAAAAACCAUUGCUUCAACUUCUGCUUGUGCUUGUGGCUAGCUAGUAACCUGUUCCUCUCUAAGGCAAUUUCUUGGUUUCAUUUUUGUUCCUUUUCAAUGUAUACUUUGUCAUGGGACAACAAUAUCAAACCAACUAGUGAAGCAAGUUUUACCUUAGAAUUAAUUUGUACUAAGCUUGGAUUUUUUAAUU